CAACACACGAUGUCUGGAAGAGGCAAAGGCGGCAAGGGACUCGGAAAAGGAGGCGCCAAGCGUCACCGUAAGGUUCUCCGCGAUAAUAUCCAGGGAAUCACCAAGCCCGCUAUCCGCCGUCUGGCUCGCCGUGGUGGCGUGAAGCGUAUCUCCGGCCUGAUCUACGAGGAGACCCGCGGUGUGCUGAAGGUGUUCCUGGAGAACGUGAUCCGUGACGCCGUCACCUACACCGAGCACGCCAAGAGGAAGACCGUUACCGCCAUGGACGUGGUCUACGCUCUGAAACGCCAGGGACGCACCCUGUACGGCUUCGGCGGUUAAACGCACUCUUUUCGGAACGUCUAAACAUCCCGACU